AUGUCUCCAUUUGGUGGACGCUACCCAAGCGUGUAUCGCAAGAUUCACAACCCUAGCCCGGAUGAACCUUUCGUCAGCCGCCAUUUACACAAACAGUCGGUCGUGAGUAAUGUUGAGGAGGGUAUCCAUUUAUCUGUAGUUUCGUCCAAAUAUGCUGACAGAUUUAGUCACGUGAAAACGAUGCACGACCUGUUCGAACAGGGACUACGAGUCUCGCGAUUUCAACCAUGUAUCGGUUCACGGACCAGCACAGAUCAACCUUACCGUUGGUUGGUGUACAAAGAGGUGGAUGAAAUGAUCCGGGCAUUUGGAUCACAACUACUCCACGUGGUUGGCUACAAACAGAACACGGAAAAUUUCGUGGGCAUUUACAGUCGCAAUUGCGUUGAGUGGGUGGUCACUCAACAAGCAUGUGCCGCUUAUGGCUACGUUUACGUACCGUUGUACGCAACUCUCGGCCAAGAAGCUUUGCAAUAUAUCCUAAAACAAACCGAACUGGAAGUGAUCAUUUGCCGAACAGCCAAAGAAGCGGGCAGUGUGAUGCGCGAAUUCACCUCAUCUAUCCGAUGCUUGAUCGUGAUCGUGAGGAGUCCCGAGGUGGAAAAAUUGAAAGCCGAGUUCGAGGGACAAGUGCGAAUUUACCUGUUCGAGGAGUUUGUAAUAGUGUCUUGUCCCGUGGUCAGUUGUCGCAACAACCCUAUCGAACGCGGAUAUGAUCAACCCGAUCCGUUCUUUGCAGCACGCGUCCCGAAGGGUGUGACGAUUUCGCACGAGCAGUUUGUCGAUGCGCUCCUCGGCAGUCUAGGCACGGCAGAAGGCAAGGGUCUGGCUUUAAUUCACGGUGCUCGUGCCGGAUAUCCGACCAAUGGUCAGGAGUCGCUGAUGGACGAUUUGGCCGCCAUUCAACCCACUGUUUUCACUGCUGUCCCUCGUGUUCUAUCCAAAAUUCGUUCAGAGUAUUUCAAAAAAUUCCCCAAGUCCACGUGUAUGCGUAAUUCUUUGCACAAAUUAAUCCAGAAGAAAUUCGCCGAACAGAGCAAAGGAAAGUUCAAUCACAGCAGUAUCCAGGACACUUUGUUCUUCAAAAAGUUUCGAAAGGCGUUUGGAAACCACGUGUGCGGUGUGAUCAGUGGUGGGGCUCCUCUCGAUCCUGAAGUAUCCCUAUUCUUUCGGGCGGCCUUUAACGGACCGGUAAUUAUUGAUUCUGAUGCAAAUUUUGUGCCGUCCUAUUUCACAUUGAUUAGUUGGAUAGCUAACUGA